GCGGCCAACAUCCCUACCUGGCAUGAAGGCCUAAAUGGCGUUGGCAUCAAGACUCGUCUGCCGUUUCGCUCGCUGCCAAUCGUUCGAACAGAGAAACGAAAAUUUCAAUUGCCAAAAAGAUGACGGCUGAUUUAGAGAAAGACAGUACUCACUGUUUAAUAUGUAAUAGUAAAGUUGGUGUGUCUACUAGGAAUAGUAUACGUAUUUUUAAUGAAAACUCUGUUACAUCAUCAGAGAAACCACUUAUAGAUAUCAUUUGUAUUGUCUUAGAGACAGAUCUAAAUGAAGAAAACGUACAUUCUCUUGUUAUAUGUAAAAAAUGCUAUAAACUAUUUAACGAGAUUGAUGAUCUUGAAAGUAGAUUGACAGAGGUAAAAUUAGAACUAUUUAAUAAUUAUAAGAAGACUGUAACAAAAAUAUCCGAUCUACAAAAUGAAGAAGAAUAUAAUGAUCACGAUUAUAUGGAAAGUACAGAAAGUCAAGGAACAGAUAUGGAAGUGAAAUAUUCACAGAUUAUGAUAAACAGAGAUGAGCAAGACAGUCAAGAGAUAGAGGGCAUUGAGGAACGAUUAGAGGAGGAAGAAGAACCAUCUUGCGAGAAUGAAACAGUUAUUCUUAAAGUUGAAGAUAUACCUGAAACAAGUAAUGCUGAAGAAAGAAAGAGGAUAAAACGAUCAAAAGUUGCAGCAAAAAUUGAAACUGUUAUAGGACAACUCGUAACUAGAGACGGUUCUACAUAUACAUGUUUAGCAUGUAUAAAUGAAGAUAAAGCUGUUGGAGAUGCAAAAUCAAUUAUUGCACACAUGAAAAAUGUACAUGAAACUCGGUUGUACAUUUGUGAUAUAUGUGGGGAUGAUUUUAAAAAGAGGAAUGAGCUCUCUGUUCACCUUGAUGAUCACGUUGCUAAGGAGGAGGGUGAUUUUCAGUGUGAAAUAUGUAAUAGAAUAUUCAGUAAUCUACGGUUGUUUAGAAUUCAUAAACGAAUACAUUAUCCACAAGUAAAAUCCUGGCCGUGCGAUACGUGUGGCAAAAGAUAUAGCUCCAGGAAUUUAUUAGAGGAGCAUAUAAAUACGCAUACGGGAGUACGCCCGUACGUAUGUGAAAAUUGCGGCAAAGAUUUCGCUUCAAAAUAUACAUACAAAGCACACGUAAAAACACAUGAAAUACGACCUCGCCCUUACGAAUGCUCGCAAUGCAAUAAAACUUUUCUGAGCCAACAGAAUCUUAAUCAGCACGAAAGAACGCAUAAUGGCGUAAAAGAGUAUAUUUGUCACCAGUGUGGAAAAGCGUUCGGCUCGCCACAUAAUUUGGAAGUUCAUAAUAUAGUGCAUACAGGAUAUAAACCAUAUAUAUGCAGAAUGUGUGGCAAAGCGUUUGCUCGUAAAGCUGAAAUAAGAGACCAUGAGAGAACGCACACAGGAGAGAAACCAUAUCAAUGUGAAUUCUGUGGUGCUACAUUCAGUCAAAGAUCAAACUUACAAUCUCAUAAACGCGCGACGCAUUAUAAUGACAAACGAUACAAGUGCGACGACUGCGGAAAAGGAUUUAAACGGCGCAGAUUGUUAGAUUACCAUAUAAAGGCGGCGCAUACUGGCGAAAGACCAUACAAAUGCGAAAUCUGUACAGCAACGUUUGUUUACCCCGAACAUUAUAAAAAGCACAUGCGUAUACAUACGGGAGAAAAACCAUACCUAUGCGAGGUGUGUGGGAAAGCAUUUAAUAGCAGGGACAAUAGAAAUGCGCAUCGAUUUGUACACAGUGACAAGAAGCCGUACGAAUGCUUGGUGUGUGGUAUGGGUUUCAUGAGAAAACCUUUGUUGUACAAUCACAUGCAAACUCAGGGUCACCUGAACGAUACCAUCGUAGUUAAUCAACCGCGACUCACUACCGAAGACGAUCAAAUUAUAACAAUUCCGAAUGACAGUGUGGAACUUUUAAUGGACGAAACUGAAAACGAUCAGUUAGAGGAAACAGAGCUAUAUGUGACCGAAUUGAAAGACCACGUUAUUAUACAACAACAGAACGAAGAUCAAAUGUAUAACGAAGAAGACGUAUUAAAUAUUUCUGCGGAGGAAAACGUCGCGGACGAAGAAGUGGGCCAUCUUGUCGAUGAAGAGAUGGCUUUCACGGAAAAUGAAACAAUGGAGUGCAAAUCUGAGGAUGCAGAGCACGCGGAGGAAAUAUAUAAUUAUAACGAGAGCGAUGAUAGGGAAACGAUAGUUGUACCAGCUACCUCAGAAUACAAAGAAAUGGGUGACGAGAAGAAUUCAGUUCGAUUAGUACAGAUUCGGUUUCCAACGUCGGUCGGUGGAGAAGGUCGAAGUUGGUUAAGCUUAGUACAAAAUACGUGAAGUUUUGUACCAUUAUUGUUAUAUAUUGUAGUGUGCUGAUCAGGGAAUCAUUUCUUAAUAGACCUAACGAUAAUGUGUGCGUUACGAUGUACAGUAGUGCCCACUUAAGUGACCACGCUCGGGACCGUCCGCGGUCAUUUAUGUGGGCAUGGUUGCUUCUCAGAAUUCAACGGAGAUAAGGAAAGAGGACGAGUGGCGUCAAGUUACGCUCGAAUUGGUGGAUACAACCGCGGACACUUAAGUGGUCACUUCUGUACACGAAAGAAUGGAUGAAUUUUGCCUUAUACAGUAUGCGAGUGUCACGUUUAAAAGGACACAAGCCCAACUUAAUUACAGAAUUACACAGUAAUUUUGUAACUGACUAUGUUCUUGUAAUUUUUAUGCAGUAACUAUACUAUUCUUUAUCCGAAUAAAAUAUGCGAUUGAGUUCAAACGUAAUUGAUGCAAAAGCAAGAAACUUAAGUUAUGUCCGCAGGAUUCUCGCCUAACGUUACCAUUUUGUAUAUUUUUUUUUUUUUUAUUCAGAACACUUUUUUCCAGUUCGUAAUUGGAUCAUUUCGAACAAUUGGUGUGGUAUUGAGUGUUUUUUUACUGUUUGUUUUUUUUUAGCGAAGGUGCAAAGUGGCUUACAUUUUUUUUUUUUAUGCACUAUUAUUUUUAUUAUAAAUUGUAGAGCAGUACUUGUACCAAAUACUAAAUUUUAUCUCUUACAGUUUCUCUUGAGUAAAGUAUGAAAUAUUCACGGGGGUAACGUCAGGUAGGUAAGAUACCCUGUGCAGUUAUUCACGAUACAGCCAGUCAGUAAUAUAACUCUAAUUAUAAUUUAAAUCUUUUAAGUCGCGUUUCUUUUUAUUUCCCGAUUUUCGAUAAUUUAUAGGGUUCAUUGUGUAUUAAUAAUAAAUGUAAGAGACCUAUGAGAGUUAGCGAUUAAUUUCAGAACAAAUUACUAAAUAGUCUUCUGUAUGCUUUAAAUGAUCUAGAGGAAUCGCAACACAUACGCCAAACAAUAUAUUACAAAUAUAUUUUCUUAAUCUUAAAAAUUUCUUUAUGCAUUUAACAUCAAUUACUUAUGCAAUAAAUUAUUCUUAUGGAAACUAAGAAAAUUUGUUGCAAAUAUUACACUUACGAACUUCCU